AUGGAUGGUAAAAGAGCCAAUGAUGGGGUGAUAGUCCCCAGAAAGGGGAUAGGCAGCAGUAUGUUAAAAGAUACUGUAAACACUCGAAAUGGUCAAGUAUGUAGCCGCCUUGGUUGCAGCAGCAAAGUCGGCUCUUCUAAAGGUUCUCAAAUAGGUUCGUCUGAAAAGGGUAAAUCUUUGCGGCCUUCAUUUCGUUUCUCAUCAAAUGGUAAGGAAACAAUUGGUAGCUCCUCUAAAACUUCCUCGGGGAGUAGUAACCUAGGAAAACCCCAUAGGAAGCCUCAGAAAACGUUAUCGUCUCAUUUAGAGAUAGAUUCAUCUGAAACUAGUAGCGUACAAGAUGACCCAGAAGUUUCAAAGCCCUCACCUCCACCUGAAAAAAGUCAGAGGGGCCUUCAAGCAGAGGGUGAAACACGGGUCCAGGAAGUAGGGAGUUCUAGUGUAGCAUCUAAUACAAGAUCUAGGAGGAAUUUUCAUCCGAAACCUGGAUUACGUAGUCAAGAAAUUCAAAGCACUGGUCCAGGGACACGUGCUGGUACCAAUAGGUAUGGGUUAAGAAACCUCAAAUGCAACUCCGUCUCUGAUGUCGUCCCUGCCGGUUGUGCACCAUCAGAUUCAAACCUUAACAGAAGAAAUGAUUCUAUAAAAAAGAGGAAUUGUGAAGGGGAAAGUAGUUCUACAGCUAGAGGGAAAAAAAUUAGCGGACCCUCAGGCGAAGGACGAAAUUCUGUUUCCCGAAAUGGCAUAUCUAUCUCUGAUUCAAGAAUAUCUAGAAAUGCCCCUAACAGGGAAAGGCCAGACAACAACACGGUGUCUGUUAGGACACGAAGAUCAAUUGGCAGUCAUGCUAGGGGAAGGCUUUCUAGUCAAGGAAAUGCUAAUCCCGUGGUACCUAAUCAGCAGUCUCUUAUCAUGGUUCCUUCAUUUUCUCAUUCUGGCAAUGGUAAUGCCCUUGGUGUACAAGAUCGUAGUUCUUCGGAGACUCCUUCAAGUCCAAGCUCUUACAGUGGAGCAGGUACUAGCAGCGAGGAGUUAUAUGGUGUUAUAACUCCUACAGAAUAUAGCCUCACUCAUUCUCUAAUGAAUCGGGAUAGCUUUCGACGACGCUACAACAUGGAUGGUAUUGCAGAGGUAUUGUUGGCACUUGAGAGGAUUGAACAAGAUGCCGAGCUGACACACGAGCAAAUUCUUUUGCUGGAGUCCAACUUGUUCCUUACUGGAUUAAGCUUCUACGAUCAGCAUAGAGACAUGCGACUGGAUAUUGACAAUAUGUCAUACGAGGAACUACUUGCUCUGGAAGACAGGAUGGGGACUGUGAGCACAGCUGUAACAGAGGAAGCUCUCUCGGAAUGCCUAAAGAGAAGUUCCUAUCAAUACUCUGACAGUGCGUCUAAAGAUGAUAUCAAAUGCAGCAUCUGCCAGGAGGAAUAUGCGUUGGAGGAAGAAGUCGGGAGUCUGCAAUGCGAACACAAGUAUCACAUGGCUUGCAUACAGCAAUGGCUGCGGCUAAAGAACUGGUGCCCUAUUUGCAAAGCAUCAGUGAGUUCACCGCCGCCGUCCCACUAG